AAGAACGCUCCAGUGUAUAAUAAUGAGUGGACGUGGAAAAACCGGUGGGAAAACAAGAGCUAAGGCUAAGACCCGUUCAUCUAGAGCUGGACUGCAGUUUCCAGUCGGCCGUGUUCACAGGUUGCUGCGCAAAGGCAACUAUGCUGAGCGCGUUGGUGCUGGAGCCCCAGUUUACUUGGCUGCUGUGCUCGAGUACCUGACUGCUGAAAUCCUCGAGUUGGCUGGCAAUGCUGCCCGGGACAAUAAGAAAACGCGCAUCAUUCCCCGCCAUCUGCAGCUCGCUGUCCGCAACGAUGAGGAGCUGAACAAAUUGCUGGGAGGCGUCACGAUCGCCCAGGGUGGCGUGCUUCCUAAUAUUCAGGCUGUUCUUUUGCCUAAGAAAACGGAGAAGACUGUCAAGACUAAGUAAAUCUGUCUUUAAAGC